AUGAGCCAUUCCCGUCGGUCGUCCACCAUCCCCUUCGCGUCAGGAGACGCCCCAAGCGCGCCGCCUCUGCCGGCUCCACGACCACUCCAACGAGCUCGAGAUGCAGCAACACGUCUCUUUGGGUACAGCUCUCGCGCCCCGAGUCCUGAAGAAGAUGACAGGAUUCCCUAUGGCGGCGGACCUAGAUUCGCCGCCUUGAGCGCGACACAAAAUGCAUCAGCUUCCCACAGAACCGGACUAGAGAUUAACACCAUCGCCAUUAACGAAUCUGGCACGCACGCCUUACUAGGAGGAAAGGAGAUCUUCAAGACCGUGAAGGUCGAGGACGGUACCUGCGCAGAAGAAGUGAACCUUCGAAGCGCUAUUAGAAGCACGCCCACCCAGGCAUCCGGCAAGGCUCGACAGAUCUACUCGAUCAACAUCGCCGAUGUGGCUUGGGCGAAAGGUGACUCUGGUGACUAUGUUGCUGCGGCUACGUCGUCGGGCAAAAUCAUUCUAUAUGAUCUUGGUCAUGCUGGACUCCAAGCAGCUCAGCUGCAUGAGCACGCCCGCCAGGCAAGCAUUAGAAUGUGUGCACAAGUGCGCGACGUACGACUUGCCAACACGCUGAAGAGCAAACACAAAUACUCAGGGCAAGCGGAUGGAAUCCGCGAUGUCAAGUGGAGCCCGACCGAGGGAGUCGACUUCGCCUUUGGCACUGACAGUGGAUGGAUUCAGAGGUGGGAUUUGCGAAACAUGAAAACAGCAAAGGUUAAGAUCCCAGCGCACGGCGUGACAUGUAAUGCUAUCGACUGGCAUCCAGAUGGGAAACACAUAGCAAGCGCAAGUGCUGACAAGACUGUGCGUGUCUGGGACUUCUCCACCGCGCGAAGGCAGAAGGCCUCGUGGGAGGUCAGAACGCCCCACCCAGUGCUGAAUGCACGAUGGCGUCCAUCCUGCGAAUCUUCUCAAGCCUACGACAAUGGUGCAAGACACUGUACGCAGUUGGUCACAGCGUACGAUCCCAGCCAUCCUGUGCUGCAUGUCUGGGACCUCCGAAGGCCAGCCCUGCCCUUCAGAGAACUUACGACCUAUCCCUCAGCACCGAGCGAUCUUCUGUGGCACUCACAAGAUCUUCUUUGGACCGUGGGCAGAGAAGGUGUAUUCCUCCAGACUGACAUACAAUAUGCUACGAAAACCAUCACGAAGAGGAACCUGCAAGCCAUCUCUGUCUCGCCACAAGGUGAAGUCAAUAUAGCCACCACAAGACGCUGGUGCCGGCGGUCUUUCGAAACGGACCAAACCCAGCCAGCACCCCAGCGCAGGCGCAUCGAUCUCAACCAGACUCCGGAUCACAGUGGUCUUAGCCGCAGUUGGGCUGAUGACAGUGUCGAUCACUCGUUCUUGAGUAUAUCGCCGGAAAAGCUCAGUAGAGAGCCGUCAGUCAAGUCGAGGACUCAGUCGCUGAGCAUGACAACCAUGAACGAUGAGGCUCAUGCUCAGCUGUCCACAGCAUACCUCUCCGACGUGCUGUCCGGCCGGCGCUCUUUUCGACCUUCGCAGGCUGCUUGUCGUGGAUUGCUGCAGAUACGCAAAGACCCGCAAGCGUUCAAGUACCUUGCGCAGCAUCUGAGUCUCGACCUACGGCCUGCUCUGCUCGAAAAGGACUUCCUCGCUGCUUUCCGAACGCUAGUGGAGUCAAAUGCCAAGUGUCUCGAAGCAUUGGAUCUUUUCAGGCUGGCUCAAAGUUGGCAAAUCGUGAGUUUCAUCAUGACAGAUCACCUUCAAGAACGCCACAGAUCAAAGCAGCAGCAGCUUCUAGGAGGCGAGAAAACAGGGAAGAAGAUUACGCAUCGCUCCGUCUUUCGCGACAUCGCGAGCAAAAGCGUAGCCGGACCAAUGCGAUCACCAGCUUCAUCACCUGCUGAUAUAAAACCUGUGUCCUCGAUCGCGCAGCAAUUGGCCAUCUCUGAAAGCGCCUCCGAACAACGAACGCCUCAAGCACAACCUCGGCAGGAUGGAGUAUCUGUUACUGUCCCUGAGGAGAAGAAUCAGCUGACGCUGCCAACUUUCGCCUUAUUGCAGAGACCAUGGCCUCGUUCUCCCUCCACUCAGCAAGUAGAGGAAAACGAAGUUCCACUUACAAGGCGAAAUCUCGACGGACUUCAGGAGCAACAACUCUCGAACAGUGUCAACAGAAGAGACAUGGUUCAUAGAUGGAAUACUCAGCCCAAGGAACCACUGUCUUUGGAAUCGGCGGACAAAAAUGGUGUCUGGAUUCAGCCGAAGCUGCAGAAACACGACAGCAACGAGUCGUUUGCAUUUCUAGCUGAGUCGUCAGACUCGAGGGACCCUUCGUUCCCGUCAUCCUUCAACAGCAACGAAUCCAUCUCUGGGCCAUUGCGAAUGGUAGCUGAACGUCCAGCUGAACGUCCAAGCCGCACACGACUGAAAAAUGACGCAAGCAUGGACGGCGUCGAGGCAUUCAAUUUCUUUGCGAAGCCCGAUGCGGCUAUCGCGAGGACAGCUACUCUAGGGCGGACCAAGUCGCGCACUGCUAAUAAUACUAUUGCUCUAACCAACGGAGACGCCGGAAACGACGCAAGCCAUGGACCGUCGGGCGCACCGCAAACAUCUUACUUCCAACACAUCGGACCCGGAUCGUACCCGGACGAAAACGGCAUAUCUCCUCUGGCUGAGGUUCAACCACCAUCGCCGCAGCUGCAAGUACCAGACAUUCAGGCGAUCGAAGAGAAAUUUUCAGCAAGACACGAGAAGACAGGCGGUGUCCGUGACAACGGUAUCGUCCGCUGCUCAUCAGAGAAGCCUGAAGCUCACGACAUCACCCACGAAUUGGAAUCUGUGUUCCUGCCAGAGGACGGUGAUGCCGAUGUGGAGCUGGGUAAACCAUUCCUGCUGAGAGAUGUUGUUCAAGAAAUGGCAUCUGGCUACGCACGAAAGGGCAAUGCACAGAGCGCAGCAGCUCUGUAUCUGCUCCUCGGACCGCUUCUCCCACGCACACAUCCUCUACCUGCCAACGAAACCGAGGUCACUGCAUCGGCAUGCAUCGAAAGCUUGAAAUUGGUGGGCUUUGACCAGGACGGUGUUGAACAGGUUCUGCUUGGUUACGUCGAUGCCAUUGUCAGUUCCGGCCUGCAGCCGCUGCAGGUUGAGGCUGUGCUGGAGGCGUACCACGAUCAACUGUUGAGCCAACAACUGUUCGACGAAGCGGCAGAACUAAGAAAGCUUUCGUACCCGGUGCACGUAGGAGUCUACGACCAGGCGCUCAAAGACAACUACAUUCAUCUCAAGUGUGGCAGCUGCGGGAAGCCGCUCGUCAAUGGCAUGUCGAAGCUGCUUUGCGAGACAUGCAAUACCAAACAACUCCCGUGCCCGGUCUGUUGGUGCGACCGCAGCCCGCUCGCUCGGGAGGGUCCAGCAUUGGCCGGCAUCGCGCAUGUGUUUACGACCUGUCUGCUCUGCAAUCAUUCCGGUCAUGCGACGUGCCUUCAAGUGUGGUUCCAAGAGUCGGGAGAAGGCGAUGGCGGUUGUCCGAUACCAGGGUGCCUCUGUGAUUGCGUUGCCGGUAGUUGGCGGGCACAGAAGACGGCUUUGGCGGAGAAGAAGCGUCGGUCCAGAGAUCACGGCAGGGUCAAGAGUGAUGAGUGGCCUGCUCAAGCCAACAGAGCCGUUGAGAAGACGAGGAGUGUGCUCGCUCCCCGAAGUGUCAAGAGCAGUCGGUCUGGUUCUGGGACCUGA